GGUGAUAUAAAAGGAGAGGGAAAUCGCUGUGUUGUGGGGGUAACAACCAGUUGCGUUGCAAAAUGGGGUGGGUGUGGAGCGACGACGGCGGCGACGGCGACGGCGAUGAUGGCCAAAUCAUCUCUUCUUGCAACACGAGCUCAGGCUCAGGUUCAGACUCAGAACGAUGCUCCACCAAAAGGAUCGUGAGAUCGCAGUGCAGAACGGAGCAGGUCGAAUCUGGAAAGUUCAUCAGGAAAUGUGAGAAAACCGAAGAGCUUAUCCGCAUCUGCGUCGGAAGGCCUGUUGAAGUGUUGCAAUCAAACAAUGAGUAUACAGAAGAGGAUGUCACAGAUGAGGUAGUUAAAGGAGGGUCUGUCACAUUUGGCUCAUCAAGCAGGUCAUCAGACGGCCAUGUGUUUGACUUCCCUGGGCUACGAAGUGAUAUUGAGGUCAUGGAACGAAGCCUCUUUGGUGGUCUUAGUCGUUUCUUCGAUGCAGCUGAAGAAAUGAAGAAUGGCUUCUUUGAUGUUUUUGGCAACGUAUUAGAUGCAGAAUCCCCAUCUUCCUCAUCUAUGAGACGAGGGAUCCCUAUUGAAGAGUACAAUCGGCAAGAAGCUUCUCCUAAACCCCAGGAAAAGGAACCAGUGGAUACUGAUUUCGCUGCAUUGGCUAAAGAUGUUUGAGUAGAGUGUCCUGGAUAUGAAACAUAAUUUUGUUAGUUCUGUAUUAGGUGAUGGACUUCUGAACUAAAAGUAUGUCCCCUAAAUAAGGUGUUUCCGUGCAUCUUUGACGCUGCAGUUGAUACCUUCACUCAGUUACAGGCAAUAUGUGAUGACGUAAUCCUUUGCUUAGACAUGAUAGAAAAGUAUUGGUAUUUGCAUUUUUGUGAAA